UUUCGGGAGAACCUGCAGGACGUGCUGCCCUCCCUGCCCUCCCAGGACGACUAUUUCCUCCUGAAAUGGCUCCGAGGUAACCCCAGGCUCCUGUCCAUGUUUGAGGAGAAUUACCCCGAGUGCCUCAAGCGCCUGUUUGUUGUGAAGGCUCCCAAGAUCUUCCCCGUGGCCUACAACCUCGUCAAGCACUUCCUGAGCGAGGACACCCGCAAGAAGGUCGUGGUCCUGGGAUCCAACUGGAAGGAGGUCCUGCAGAAGUACAUUGACCCGGAUCAGAUCCCAGUGGAGUACGGGGGCACCCUGACGGACCCGGAUGGGGACCCCAAGUGCCCGAGCAAGAUCAACUACGGGGGAGACGUGCCCCAGCACUACUACGUGCGGGACCAGCUGACGCAGCAGUACGAGCACACGGUGGUGGUGAACCGCGGCUCGUCCCACCAGGUCGAGUACGAGAUCCUCUUCCCCGGCUGCGUCCUCAGGUGGCAGUUCAGGUCGGAGGGGGCCGACGUGGGUUUCGGGGUGUACCUGAAGACCAAGGUCGGCGAGCGGCAGCGGGCGGGUGAGAUGACCGAGGUCUACCCCAACCAACGCUACAACUCCCACAUGGUGCCCGAGGACGGCUCCCUCACCUGCUCCACGCCCGGCAUCUACGUCCUGCGCUUCGACAACACCUACAGCUACCUCCACGCCAAGAAGGUGAGCUACACCGUGGAGGUGCUGCUGCCUGACACCGCCUCCACCCAGCAGAUCCAGAAGCUGGGGGACAAGCUCAGCGAGGUGACCCUCAACCACAGCCCCUAG